AUGAGCUCAAUACCUGGAACAUCAGGAUCUAAUCCAACAGCUGAUAGUUUGAUUGUCAAACAAAAAGGAAUUUCGCGACAUGUACUUAAUAAAUUAGCUGAUGAUUUUAAAAAAGAACAAAAAUUUACAGAUUUAUCACUUGUCAGUCUUUACUCAGCAUUUGGUGAGGUUUUUGACAGAGCGUUAAGCUUAUAUGAAUCAAGUAAAAUAAGUAAAAUAAUAGCCUUUGAUGCAAACGCUCAAGGUGUUUGGAAGGAAAUAAAUUCCAGUAGAUGGUUGCUUGAAGUACAAGGAUUAUCCGGUGAAGCUUAUAUUUUAUUUCCCAACGUAAACUACUGUCCAUGUGCCGCUUUCAAAUACCAAGUGCUCAGGGAUCAAUCAGACCAGACAUGUAAGCACGUUCUAGCAGCUUGGUUGGCUAGUCUUGACCCAAGUAAAGUCACUGAGAAACAUAUUACACGUGAACAAUUUAAAAAUUUAUUACUGUACCAAGUUUCGGAGAAGUAA